AUGGGCUGGCUAUGGGGCUCAAGACCUAGUGACACAUCCAAGGACUCUCCAUCCAUGACACCUGCCGAACCACAAAAGCAGAAUGCACCACCGAAGACCCUGACUCCCAACGAACAAGCCGACCUGGAAUGGAACUCAAUCCUCGCCGACCUCAGAGCAGAGGAUGCUGCCCUUUCGAGGGGUACCUCUAGUGGUCUCACAUCUGAUGGCAAUGCCUCAACACAACCCGAAACACCUACAUCGCCCAUCGCUCCCGAAUCCCUCUAUCAAGAUACCAUGUCCUGCCGCAACGCCUUUGACUACGCCUUCUUCUGCCAGUCUUUCGGAGGGCAGUUCGUGAAUGUUUACCGAUAUGGAGAACUACGGUCCUGCAGCGAUCACUGGGAUAAUCUGUGGCUGUGCAUGAAGACGCGCACAUGGCCUGAGAAUCUGCGCAAGAAGGCGAUCCUGGACCACAACCGAAAGAAGGCCAUCAAGUAUAAGACUGGUCCUAGUAGUGAGGAUGUCUGGGAUGUACGGCUGGAACCGGCUCGGGACUCGUUUAAGGGGGACUUUGCCGCCUUGGAGCGGGAAAUGAAGGCCGAAGAGGAGGAGGCGAGACAAAAGGCGGCUUCAUGA